AUGGUGGCGGCGAAAAUGGAGAAACCGCCGGCGGAUCCGCUGUCCUCCUCCGGCGUCAGCUCCCUGCUGAAAUCGCUCAAGCUGAAAACGAAGCAGCAGGAGCUGUUGAUCCGCGUCACGAUCCUCGGCCUGAUUUACGUCCUGGCGUUCAUCACGCGCUUGUUCAGCGUCCUGCGCUACGAAAGCAUGAUCCACGAGUUUGACCCUUACUUCAACUACCGAGUCACUCAGUACUUGACUCAGAAGGGGUUUUACGAGUUCUGGAACUGGUUUGAUUCGGAAAGCUGGUACCCUCUUGGAAGGAUUAUUGGUGGGACUCUGUACCCUGGGCUCAUGGUUACAGCUGCGUUUAUUUUCUGGACUCUACGCUUUAUAGGUUUUGCUGUUCACAUCCGUGAAGUUUGUGUGCUCCUUGCUCCGUUUUUCGCUUCCAACACUACUCUUGUUGCGUACUUCUUUGGGAAACUGUUAUGGGAUUCUGGGGCUGGACUUGUAGCAGCUGCAUUUAUUGCUAUUUGCCCUGGUUAUAUUUCGAGGUCGGUUGCAGGAUCGUACGACAACGAGGGUGUUGCUAUAUUUGCGUUGCUUCUUACUUUCUUUUUAUUCGUCAAGGCUGUGAAUACAGGCUCACUUUCUUGGGCUCUGGCCUCAGCUUUUGGGUACUUCUACAUGGUUUCGGCAUGGGGUGGUUAUGUAUUCAUUAUCAAUCUGAUUCCAUUAUAUGUAAUUGUACUGUUGAUUACUGGGAGAUACUCAAUGAGGUUAUAUGUGGCCUAUAAUUGCAUGUAUGUUCUGGGAAUGUUGCUAGCAAUGCAGAUUCGUUUUGUUGGCUUUCAACAUGUGCAAUCUGGGGAACACAUGGCAGCAAUGGGUGUGUUUUUCUUGUUGCAGGUGUUUUACUUUUUGGGUUGGGUCAAGUAUCUGUUAAAUGAUCCAAGGAAGUUCCACACAUUCUUGAGAGUCACAGUCACCAGUGCUGUGGGUUUGGGUGCCAUAGCUCUAGGAGUUGGCACUGCAUCUGGGUAUAUUUCUCCGUGGACUGGUCGGUUUUAUUCUCUGCUGGACCCAACUUAUGCUAAGGAUCACAUCCCCAUAAUUGCAUCUGUUUCCGAGCAUCAACCAACAGCAUGGUCAUCAUUCAUGUUUGAUUAUCAUAUUCUGCUAAUUCUAUUCCCAGCUGGUUUAUAUUUCUGCUUCAAGCGUCUGUCAGAUGCCACAAUAUUCAUAGUGAUGUAUGGUCUCACUAGCAUGUAUUUUGCUGGAGUCAUGGUGCGCUUGAUACUUGUUGCUACGCCUGCUGUAUGCCUUAUUAGCGCCAUUGCAGUCUCAGCCACUAUAAAAAGUUUAACCCAGCUUGUCAGGGCAAAGAGCAAACCUGCUUCUGUUGUGUCUGGUAAAGGAGCAUCUAGUACCAAAGCUUCUUCUAAGGGGUCAGUGGAUCAGUCUAUGCCUUUCCAGAGAAAUGGUGCUGUUGCUUUGCUUCUUGGAGCAUUUUACUUGCUUAGCAGAUAUGCUAUUCAUUGUACUUGGGUUACAUCAGAGGCAUAUUCAUCUCCAUCAAUCGUUUUAGCAGCCAGGGGUGCUCAUGGUAACCGGGUUAUAUUUGAUGAUUAUCGUGAAGCUUACUUUUGGCUGCGACAAAACACUCCUGCAGAUGCCAAGGUGAUGUCCUGGUGGGAUUAUGGAUAUCAGAUUACUGCAAUGGGGAACCGAACUGUUAUUGUAGACAAUAACACUUGGAAUAACACACAUAUAGCUACUGUUGGACGUGCUAUGUCAUCCUAUGAGGACGAAGCAUAUGAGAUAAUGAGAUCAUUGGAUGUCGAUUAUGUAUUAGUGGUCUUUGGAGGUGUAACUGGUUAUUCUUCUGAUGAUAUCAACAAAUUUUUGUGGAUGGUGAGAAUUGGAGGUGGAGUUUUCCCUGUAAUUAAAGAACCUGACUAUCUUGUCAAUGGAGAGUACCGCAUCGACAAAGGCGCCGCUCCAAAGAUGUUGAACUGUUUAAUGUACAAACUAUCUUACUACCGAUUUGGUGAACUGACGACAGAAUAUGGAAAACCUCCUGGAUAUGACAGGGCACGGGGGGUCGAAAUUGGAAAUAAAGACAUAAAAUUGGAACAUUUGGAGGAGGCUUUCACGACAUCAAACUGGAUCGUGAGGAUUUACAAGGUGAAGCCGCCAAACAAUAGGUGGUGA